AUGACAUACCAUAUGAACUCGCAUACGGGUGCCACUGUCUACCGAUGCGAUUGGCCAGAAUGUGAUAAGUCAUUUAUAGUAAAAUCAUCAUAUGUAAUGCAUAUGGGCCGACAUCAGGGUAAACAUACCUACCAGUGCUCGUGGCCUGAAUGUGAUUACAUAACACAAAACACUGUUAGACUUAAAAGUCAUAUAAUGAAACAUAAGGACAAUGAUGUCGUCAUCACUGAAGACAACAAUAUUCAGACAAAUAAAGUUAAAGAUAAUAAUAAAACAGUGAUAAAGAAGAAGAAGAAGAAGUCGACGACAACUGUUGUUAAGCGAAUCAAAUCGGCUGAUGAACUGAAAGCAAUGAAAUUGUUUGAUACGAAAAAAUGUCGUCAACCGGAUGGCCGUACCUAUCGGUGUCCAUGGGAUGGAUGUUUGAAAACAUAUAGAGAUCUAUCAGCGUUUUACAAGCACCGACACCUACAUUUAGGUACAUACCGUUGUCCAGUCGAUGGAUGCAGUUUUGUAGGCACGUCUAGCGUUGAUCUGAAAAUACAUCAAACAGUUCAUUCGGAUGAUAAGCCAUACGAGUGCCCGGAUUGUGGUAAAUGUUUUUCACUGAAAAAACUACUCAAUACUCAUCGAUUGACUAAACAUCCCGAUGCCUACCCGGACAUAUCAUUUAUGGUGUGUCAGGAAACUGGUUGUACAUAUAGGACGAAAAAAUUAAGUGAAUUUAAUAGACAUAAACGCCGACAUAGUCUGCCAAUUGUUUGUCCUGAUUGUGGUAAACGUUUUUCAAGCAAUUAUCUGCUUCGUGAUCAUCAAAUCAGACACCAGUCGUCUGUCAAACAACACAAUUGUCGAUUGUGUGGCAAACAGUUUAAGACUAGACUUUAUUUCGAUAGACAUUAUCGACUAUAUCACCAACAAAUGGACUACCAUUGCGAUUACGAUGGCUGUAACGAAACGUUUACUAUUAAACACCAGUAUCUUAAACAUCGGAAAAUACACGUCAAUGACAACAAUGUCGAUACCCUUCCGCCGCACGCGUGUGAUUGGCCGGGAUGUGACCGUAGGUUUAAAUACAACGGUGAACUGGAAGACCAUAUGAAUACACAUACGGGUGCCACUGUCUACCGGUGCUCGUGGCCUGAAUGUGAUAAGUCAUUUCUUAGUAAAUCAGCAAUUGUAGGUCAUAUGCAUCGACACGAGGUUACCCGACAAAAUACCUACCAGUGCUCGUGGCCUGAAUGCAAUUACAGUACACCAGACACUGUUAGACUAAUGAAUCAUCUAAUAAAACACAAGGGUGUCGUUGAUUAG